AUGUAUCACCGGGAAAUACGCAAAACUACGCCUGAAGAAAUAGGACUUGGGGCAAAUGCAAUAGUUGAAAUCUCAGCAGUCCAUUUCACAAACCAAAUCUUGUUACAUUUGAGAUUGAACGGUGAGCUCGAUACAACUUAUGAGGUAGUGCCUAAGGGUCUUCCUGUCGAUGAUCUUGAUCCGCCUCCAAUAGCUGGUACUAGCUCGUUCACCAACGACAGCCUGCAGAUUGAAGAUGAAGACUAUGUAUCUGUUAAAGAUAAUCUCUCAAACUAUCACGUCGUUACCAGACUUGGCGAUUCUAAUGAUAUGAAAUUGCCUAUUGUCUGCACCCAAAUUGCAGAACUGUACCAAAGAAUAAUUACUCCUUCUAAUAUAGACGGAUUUAGCCAGGAUAUUUCGAAAAGAGGACUUGUUAUUACAAUGAGUGCAAAAAUUUGGAGGAAGUGUCGGCCUGGUUACGAUUUUCACGCAUUAGUCUUUAUAUUACAAAGUAUUAAAGAAAUGUACAAUUUAUAA